AGAUUAUAAGCUAAAUCAAUCUGCUUGACGGUCGUCAUCCAGAAAAUGAGAAUGGCAUCUUUAGAGAAAUUUUGAAGGGCCGUGUGGAUCUUGAAAGCGAUCCCUGGCCAUCGAUAUCUUCGGGUGCAAAGGAUCUUAUCAGGAGAAUGUUGACCGUCGAUCCCGAACGACGAAUUACUGCAGCUGCCGCCCUUGAGCAUCCAUGGCUCAAAGAAGAUGGGGAUGCACCAGACAAGCCUAUUCACAAUGCUGUUCUGAUCAGAAUGAAGCAAUUCAGGGCAAUGAACAAGAUGAAGCAACUUGCUCUAAAGGUCAUUGCAGAAACGAUGCCAGAAGAUGAAAUCAAGGGGCUGAAAGAGAUGUUCAAGAACAUGGACGCGGACGGAAACGGAAGCAUCACUCCUAGUGAACUUCGAACCGGGUUAGCUAAGCUGGGCUCCAACCUCUCUGUGGACGAAAUAAAACAGCUUAUGGAUGCAGCUGAUAUUGACAAGAAUGGGACCAUAGACUACAUGGAAUUCAUUACGGUUGCAAUGCACCGGCAUAGGCUUGAAAACGAGAGGAACUUGUUUAUGGCUUUUAAACAUUUCGACAAGGAUGGCAACGGAUACAUUACCAGAGACGAGCUCAUGCAUGCUAUGAAAGACUAUGGCAUGGGGGAUGAAGCUACAAUUCGUGAGAUCCUUAAUGACGUGGAUACAGACAACGAUGGGAAGAUCAACUAUGACGAGUUCAAACAGAUGAUGAGGAAGGGUACUGUGGAGAACGAAGGCAAACAGUGACCGGAGUAACAAUCAUGUUGUUUACAUGUGUAUCAUCUACUGUUUUAUAUGUAUAAGCGGCUUAUUACUACAUUUUUUAAAAUUACUUGUUCUAUAAUUGUACAAUGGGUUUUGAUGAAAUGAAAUUACCGAGUAAUAACUGACCCGGAUUUGG